AUGGAAAAGCAGGACUCUCAGUUUUCAGUCGCAAUCGUUGGCGGAGGCGUCGCUGGUGUGACAUUGACAAUAGCCCUUGCGAAGAGAGGCAUCGAUGUGCAAAUCUUUGAGCAAGCACCCCAAUUCACUGAGAUUGGCGCUGGUAUUGCCUUUUCUCCCAAUGCAAAGCAAGCGAUGAAGAAGUGCGACCCGGCUGUCCACGAAGCAUAUCUUCAUGUCGCAACUGCAAGCGGAAAUCCUGACAAGGUCAAUACAUGGUACGACUUUGUCGAUGGCUACACCGACAAGGACUCCGAACACUGGCUUUUUGACGUCACGAGAGACGCUCCGGCCGACGGCUGUCAUCGCGCGCAUUUUCUGGAGGAGAUGAUCAAACUGGUUCCUGAAGGGACCGCACACUUCAACAAGCAUCUCGAUAACCUUGUCGAAAACGGCGACGAUAAGCCUAUCACUUUGAAGUUCUCCGACGGAACGACUGCGGAAGCUGAUGUAGGCAAGUCACUAAUCGCUACCGAUGGCAUCAAGUCGAGUGUUCGCGGAAUGAUGUUCGGGAAAGAUUCUCUCGUAGCCAAGCCCACCUACACCCACCGCUAUGCAUACAGAGGCUUGCUCAAAAUGGAAAAUGCCGUCAAAGCUCUAGGAAAAGAUUUGGCAACUAACAGGACAAUGCACCUGGGACAGGAUGGUCACAUUCUGACCUUCCCCGUGGCACAUGGCAAGAUCUUGAAUGUCGUCGCUUUCAAAUACGACCCGGGUGAAUGGACAGACUCAAGACUUGUGGUCCCAACCACUAAAGAAGACGCCAAGCGAGACUACAGGGGAUGGGGUAGCAAGGUCCAGGCGAUUGUAGACCUUCUAGAAGACAAGCUUGACAAAUGGGCCAUCUUCGAUUUGGGGGACCAUCCAGUGUCAACCUAUGCUAAAGGACGUAUCGCGAUUGUCGGAGACGCUGCCCAUGCAACAGGACCCCACCACGGAGCUGGCGCAGGUAUCUGCAUCGAAGACAGUGCAAUAUUGGCUGAGCUACUCGCUGUUGCUUGGACUAGGCUUGAGGAACAAUCCACCCGGGUUUCGAAAACAGAAGUCUUGGAAAAUGUCUUGAAAGUAUUUGAUGGAGAAAGACGGGAGCGCACACAGUGGUUGGUGCAAAGCAGCCGUGCGAGCGUCGAAUUGUACGAGUGGAGGGACCGCUUGUGCAAACGUGAUCCUGCGAAGAUCAAGGAGCAGAUUCUCUGGCGCAACCACAAGAUUUGGAGGGUAGACAUGGACGAUAUGGUUGCAGAGGCAAACAGGAAAUUAGAAGAGCUUAUCAUGUAG